AUGGAUCCGUUCUCCAUCACUGCUGGGGCGGUUGGGAUUGCAGACGUAUGCUUGCGAGUCAUCAUUUUUCUGAAAGACGUCCCAGGUGCGGUUGCAGCCAUUCAACAUGAGAUCAACGUCUUGGUUGCAGAGGUGGAGUCAUUAAGGGUCAUUUUGUCUUUGGUCAAAGAAACCUUUGAGGGAGAUAUAAGAAGUCCCACGAGAUUGUCACUUUUGAAAGCCUCCAACUUUGAAGAUCUAUCGAAAGGCUUUCGAAAAGGCAUCGAGUCAUGCUACGAUCUAACAAUAAGGCUUGAGAAAGUCACCAAAGAGGUCUAUGGAAAGUCUGGCUCUACCGUGACUGGAAAGGUUGAUGGAUUUAUGAAAGAGAUGCGUAGACGGGACAAGGCUCCAGAUCUCGGAAGACUUCGUGAGGAAUUAUCCGCCGAAAAACACAACCUUACACUCCUGCUUAAUGGAAUCAGUCUAUACAAUCAUACAACUUCUCAAGGAACGCUGAAUCAAAUAUCCAAGGAUAUCCACUCUGUUGAUCGGAAUCUCAAAUCACAAAUCGCAAUACUUGAGAGUCGCCUCACACUACCUGGAAAUGAAGACGAUAACGAUGACCAGGAAGAUUCCAUAAAAUUGUCGACGAUAAGACGACUACGGAGGUCUAUCCGAUCGGUUGCUACGGCUGUCUCAGCCACCACUCCAAAUGAAUUUUUCGACAUCCCUCAGCCUGUCCGCAGCUUUUACACAGGCCGAGCCCGGUACAUGGAAACAUUGCAAAAUAUACUUGUAGCCUCCACGGUCGAGGAGCAAGACUCUCGGCAGCACCGUUUUGUUAUUUACGGCAUGGGCGGAUCUGGAAAGACGCAGUUCUGUUGCAAGUUUGCAGAACAAAACCGGGACAGUUAUUGGGGUGUGUUCUGGAUUGACGCCACAUCGCAUGAACGGAUCAAACAAACCUAUGCAGAAAUCGGAAAACAUGCAAAGGUAGAGGCGAGCCACACUGCUGCAAUGCAUUGGCUCUCCAACCGAGAAGAUCGAUGGCUCCUGAUAAUGGACAAUGCCGACGACCCACAAAUUUCACUCGACCAAUACUUUCCCAGAGGUGACAGAGGUCAUGUUAUCAUAACAACCCGAAACCCAUCCCACAAGGAGUACGGAAACGUUGGUCGUAGGUUUUUCAAGUUUGAAGAUCUGAGCAACGACGAUGCCAGUGCCCUUCUUCUACGAGCGACAACAUUGGCGGAGCCAUGGGACGCUGAUUCUUCGUCAUGGGCGAACACAAUCACCCGGCAGCUUGGCUGCCUUGCACUGGCUUUGAUUCAGGCCGGUAGCGCAAUCCGAAAUGGGCUAUGCACGCUGAAGAGUUACUUGGUCUUUCACGACACGGAAUGGGAACACAUCCGCCGUAUACGGAGCGCAUGUAUUGACGUUGACCAUGAAGACAAGUAUUCGAGCGUACACGCUACAUAUGAGAUCUGCUACAAAGGCAUCGAAACCAAAGAUACUCAAGCCUCCAGAGAUGCUAUCCAAUUGCUCAAAUUGUUCUCGUGCUUUUACUACAAGAAGAUCCGAUUCGAUAUCUUAACAAGGGCAAUCGCCAACUGUGAGAAAGAAAGACUUCAGCAGGAAGAAGCGGGACAGGAAGAAAAAGGCCACCCAUCGGAUUGGAAUCAGAGAUACAUAGAACUACGUUUGCUCCUACUGGUCUUUCUCAUGAAGGAACGUGGCCGUCCUGUAUUGCCGGACUUCAUACGACAGGGGCAAGAAUCAGAGACCCUAGACAUACCAAGAAUACGCUAUGCUCUAAGAGAGCUGACUCAAAUGUCUCUCAUCACGCACGAUGAAUCAGAUGACAGCUAUUCGAUGCACCCUCUUAUACACGAAUGGGCGCGCAAGAGGCCCGACAUGAGCACAAUAGAACAAGCUGUUUGGUCGCACGCUGCAGCUACCACGCUACUUCAUUCGCUUCUUCUCCCGCCUCUCGGCAAUACCGAGGCAGAGGAGCUCUUUCGGGUCAGUAUUCUCCCACAUGUCGAUCAUGUGCGCACAUUACAAGCAACAGCGACACACAAGACCCUGGAAAAACGGAAAGGCCGCAAGCCCAGGUUCUUCGGAUUUCUUGAUUUCCUCUGGGUGGAAUCAAAGUUGGACCGGGCACAAGCAUUGCGUGACGCAAAAUUCAGCAUGGUGUAUGUCCAAAACGGGCGUCUGAAGGACGCCGAAGAGCUACAGUCGGGGGUAAAAGUCUUUUUGGAAACUUUCCUCGGCCCAAAUCAUUCUUCGACCCGGCGUAUAACACUUGUCUUGGCAAACACGUACCGAUACCAAAGUCGUGGUGACGAAGCAGCGGAUCUGCAAGAAGCAGUCUUAAACGCAUGCGUGGCCUCUCUGGGACCGGAUCACGUUGAUACUCUGACAACAAUGGACGUUCUUGGUCAAUCGAGAUGGCAGCAAGGGAGAUUCAGCGACGCCAAAGUACUACAGCAGCAGGCCGUCGACGGACUUCUCAGAUUGCGAGGCCAAAUGCACGAGGACACUCUCACCGCAAUGGGUUACCUUGGUCGGACGCUAGGCAAGUUCUACGAAAAUUAUGACAAUGCGUUUCAACUACUCGAAACUUCAUAUGCCGGGUUGAAAGGAAUAUUGGGACCCGCACAUUUCAAGACCCUGGAAGUGAAAGAGGAGAUUGCUAUGCUGACGGUACAAGUUGGUGGCGACUUAUCCGUUGCUUCACAAAUGAUGCAAGAAGUGCUUGAAUCUCGCAAAGAGAAUAUGGGUAGGGAGCACCCAUACACUCUCUUCGCGAUGGCAAGUAUGGCAAGAAUCAACUUUGCUCUGGGUCGAUAUUAUGAUGCAGAGGAUCUGCUUCGCAGUGGUCUGGAGAUCGCAGAUCGAAACCUUGGCGAAGAUCACAUUGGGACUCUUAUGGGAAGAAGCUGGCUGGGCGCCGUUCUUGCGCAUCAGUCGAGGUUUGAAGAAUCAGAAGCUACACUUCUUCGGGUGAUGGAGAAGCAGCGCAGCAUCUCAUCGUAUCGUGGCGAAAAUCAUCCCGAUCGGUUGAGCGCGAUGAUUCAGCUUUCAUUGUGCUAUAGGCUGCAAGGAAGAUGA